GGUGAGGAGCCCCGGAUGUCAGACAAGGACACCAAGGCCAUGAUGAGCACAGAAGACAUACCUGAAGGCAAGGCCAGCCCAAACUCUCAGGACUUGCAACGAAGUGUGUUCUAUAGCAUCAAGUUCUUCGUCCUGUGCCACAGCCUGCUGCAGCUGGCACAGCUCAUGAUCUCCGGCUACCUCAAGAGCUCCAUCUCCACAGUGGAGAAGCGCUUCGGCCUCUCCAGUCAGACCUCAGGGCUGCUGGCUGCCUUCAAUGAGGUGGGAAACACAGCCCUGAUUGUGUUUGUGAGCUACUUUGGCAGCCGAGUCCACCGGCCCCGACUGAUCGGCUAUGGGGCUGUCCUUGUGGCCCUGGCAGGCCUGCUCAUGAGUCUCCCACACUUCAUCUCGGAGCCAUACCGCCACGACCGUGCCAGCCCCGUGGACAUGCCACAGGAUUUUGAGGCUUCUCUGUGCCAGUCCAAAACCUUGGUCCCAGACCCAACCCCAGCUCCCUCCAACAGCAGCUGCUCAAGCUACACGGAGACCCAACAUCUGGCUGUGGUGGGGAUAAUGUUCACGGCACAGACCCUGCUCGGCGUGGGCAGUGUGCCCAUUCAGCCCUUCGGCAUCUCCUACAUCGAUGAUUUUGCCCACAACAGCAAUUCGCCCCUCUACCUUGGGAUCCUGUUUGCAGUAACCAUGAUGGGGCCAGGCAUGGCCUAUGGGCUGGGCGGUCUCAUGCUGCGCCUUUAUGUAGACAUCGACCGGAUGCCAGAAGGUGGUAUCAGCCUGACCUCAAAGGACCCCCGAUGGGUGGGUGCCUGGUGGCUGGGCUUCCUCAUCUCCGCUGGUGCGGUGGCCCUGGCUGCCAUCCCCUACUUCUUCUUCCCCAGGGAGAUGCCCAAGGAGAAGCAUGAACUUCGCUUUUGGCGAAAGGUCUUGACGGUCUCAGACUCACCUGUUAGCAAAGGUGAAGAUUCUCCCUCUGAGCAGAGUCUGCGGGAACCUCUAGAGAAGCAGGAUGGCCUAGUCCAGAUUGCACCAGACCUGACUGUGAUCCAGUUUAUCAAAGUGUUCCCCAGGGUGCUGCUGCGGACCCUGCGCCACCCCAUCUUCCUGCUGGUGGUCCUGUCUCAGGUGUGCAUGUCAUCCAUGGUGGCAGGCAUGGCCACCUUCUUGCCCAAGUUCCUGGAGCGCCAGUUUUCCGUCACAGCGUCCUACGCCAACCUGCUCAUAGGCGGCCUCACCAUCCCAUCGGCCAUUAUAGGCAUCGUGGUGGGGGGCAUGCUGGUCAAGCGCCUCCACCUGGGCCCCAUGCGCUGUGGAGCCCUCUGCCUGCUGGGGGCGCUGUUCUGCCUACUUCUCAGCCUGCCCCUCUUUUUCAUGGGCUGCCCUACCCACCGGAUUGCAGGCAUCACCCACGAGCCUGGCAACUUGCCUGGACUAGAACAGUUUCCAGCCUGCAGAGGGAAUUGCUCCUGUCCAUUAGACGACUUUAACCCUAUCUGCGACCCCAGCACCCAUGUGGAGUACCUCACACCCUGCCAGGCAGGCUGCACAAGCCGGGUGGUCCAGGAGGCUCUGGACAAAAGCCAGGUUUUCUACGCCAACUGCAGCUGCGUGGUAGGGGGAGGCCCUGUGCCCGCGGGCUCCUGCGACUCCGCCUGCAGCCACCUGGUGCUGCCCUUCAUGUUCCUGGUCAGCCUGGGUGCGGCACUGGCCAGUCUCACCCACACACCCUCCUUCAUGCUCAUCCUAAGUCACAGCAAGGAGAAAGUGGAGUGUCCCCCGACUCCCCGCCCCCACCCUACCUGUGAUGAGUGGGCCACAGGAGCCUGGAUGCCCAGCCCAGUGAUCCACGGCAGCGCCAUCGACACCACCUGUGUGUACUGGGCCCAGAGCUGUGGGCGGCGGGCCGUUUGUCGCUACUAUGACCACGACCUGCUCCGAAACCGGUUUGUCGGCCUCCAGUUCUUCUUCAAGACAGGCUCCCUGGCCUGCUUUGCCUUGAUUUUGGCCAUCCUAAGGCAGCAGGACAAAGAGGAGAGGACCCAGGUCACCGUAUCCAUCCCUGGCCUACAGCAACAGCAGCCAUUAGUGUCAGGGCCAGAAAAGAAGCCUGAGGAAUUCAGAGCGUGA